CCCAAUGCCUGCUCUUUCAUGGUUAGUUUGGAAGCCUGCACUAUGGCUUCAUCGUCCUCCAUCCCAGCCUCCUCCGCUCAGUCCAAGAAACCUCGAGACAAGAUAGCUGAAUGGUUCAGGCAGGCUCUGUUGAAGAAGCCCAAGAAGAUACCAAUCUCCCAGGAAAGCCACCUCAGUGAUGGUUCACAGACAGCCACACAGGAUGGUCUCUCACCCGAGAGCCGCAGCUCACCCCCGAGUCACAGUUCACCCGAGAGCCGCAGUUCGACCCGCAAUUCAGGAAUGUCACCUACCUCGCCACCAACACACAUGGACAGCAGCAGCAGCAGCAGCAGCGGCCGCUGGAGCAAAAACUACGAUGUCUGCGUGUGCCACAGUGAGGAAGAUUUAGAGGCCGCCCAGGAGCUGGUCUCCUACUUGGAGGGUAGCAAGGCCAGUCUACGCUGCUUCCUGCAGCUUCGGGAUGCAGCCCCAGGUGGCGCUAUUGUUUCCGAGCUAUGCCAGGCGCUGAGUAGUAGCCACUGCCGGGUGCUGCUCAUCACCCCAGGCUUCCUUCGGGACCCCUGGUGCAAGUACCAGAUGCUGCAGGCCCUGACGGAGGCCCCGGGGGCAGAGGGUUGCACGAUACCCCUCCUAUCCGGCCUGACCAGAGCCGCCUACCCGCCGGAACUCCGAUUCAUGUACUAUGUGGAUGGUCGAAGCCAGGACGGUGGCUUUUACCAAGUCAAGGAGGCUGUUAUACACUAUCUGGAGACACUAAGUUGACACUUUCAGCUUUCAUGAAAAAAGCUGGAAAUAGCUCACAGCAGUCGUUAGUCCAGUAUAUAUAGCAGGGGCAUCAGGAGCCAGAGCCAGCUGGACUCUGUUCAUGACACAGCAUCACACUGCCACCAGCUUCCAUUACUUUGGGCUCCACAAGAUGGCCAGGCAGAAGAUGGGAACCACCCCCGAAAGGAGUCCAAGAAGAAGAUGGGGACUCCCCAGAGACCAGGAAGAAGAUGGGGACUCCCCAAGAAGGGCAGGAGGAAGCCAGGGACUCCCCCAGGAAGACGACGAGGAAGUCAGACAUUCAAGUUGUCAAGGGACUGUGCUAUCAGGAAGGUCAGCAGUGUCUCGUCUGCUGCUUCGCUGGAUAGGAAGCUGACACAUGGUUGUCUUCUUCCCCUGGCAUCAGGCACUUGGGGAAAUAGGUACCACUCAAGAGGGAUGAGCCUGAUUGAUGAGCCAGAAGUUGCCCAGGGAAACUGGGCAGAGGUGGCAAGUAUCCAGGCUUCACACACACACUACCAAAAAUCUCCCAGAGACGUCACCUCACUUCAUCAAGCUGGAAGGCACAUCCAGCCCUACACUGAAUUUAACCUAUUGAAAAACUGUCAUUAAAAAUGCAAUCCUAGGGGCUGGGGAAACAGUGGUGCAGUGGUUAAAGACUCUUGCUGCUUUUGCAGAAGAUCCAGGUUCAGUUCUCAGGAUCCACGUGGUGACUCACAACCUUAUCUAACUCUAUCUCCUGGGUAUCUGAUGCCAUCUCUGACCAGGACCUCCUUGUGCACCAGGUGCACAGGUAGAACACCUAUGUAGACGCAGGCGAAACAACCAUUCACACGUAAAUCUUUUGUAAAAUUAGAAGUGCAAACCUAGGACUCGAGAUGAAUCGGUGGUAGACCACCUGCUUAACAUGCCCAAGGGCUCGGAUUCUACCUCCAGCACCACCAAGGCAAAGAAGAAAACUCAAACCUGGAAGCCACUCUGAGUACAUGAACAGGUAGGGAGAAGAAAAGCCAGGGUGUGGGCCUCAGUUUCCAACAGAUCGUGUGACACCUAGGACGUCCUCAAACAUCUGUGAGAGCCCAUGCUUCACGGCACCUGGCUUUAUGUUGAACUGAAAGAAACCGGUUCUCAAUUUAGCACCAGAGUGUAUCCCCAGGGAGAGGCAAGGGGUCACUUAUGUUCUCUGGUCAGCUAAAUGUCCUUGUCUCCCCUGGUGUGUACCUUGAGCCUCUCCUCUUCCCUUUGACAUAUCUUUUUCCUGAAAAAAAAACAAAAAGUUUUUAAAUUAUGGGGUUUUUUUUUUGUUAUAUACAAAAUAUCUAAAGGAUACUAUACCAUACUCAUGCAGCUACCAUAUAACUUAAGAAAACCUUAUUGCCAACAUGCGUGUUUCCUUUGCAUUCUGAAUUCCAGGCCCUUCGAGUGUCCUUAUGUAAAUAACCAACUGUUCUGAAUCUUGAAUUAUUUUGAAGUUUCCAUGGACAUAUGCACCUCAGAAACAUUAUUUGAUUUUAUGACUUUAUCUUCUAUACAGAUUGCAUUGUGUUUCCUUUGUUUGACAUGUCUGCAAGGUGUGUCCAUGUUGCUGUGUCACUCGUGGGUUUUCUUUUGUUCGUGUAGGGUCAGCAGUCUCCACCCUUUGGGGUAGAACUGCCCUUUCACAAGGGUCACAUGUCAGAUAUCCUCCAUAUCAGAUAUUUACAUUAAGAUUCAUAACUACGGAAGUUACCGUUAUGAAGUAGCAAAUGGAAGUGAUUUUAUGGUCGGGUCGCCGGGUCGCCACAUGAGGAACUGUAUUAAAGGGCCACAGCGUGAGGAAGGCUGAGACCCACUGCUCUAAGAUCACCUUAAAGCAAUUCCAGGGACUUCCUCCCUGAAUUUUUAGUUACAAAUCUCUAAAUCACGAGUUGUUUUUGUUAAAAGCGUGAGCUUAGUAUCUUUUAUUUGUUUUUGUUUGUUUGU